AUGAGCGAUGUGCUGCAAAAGCCGCCAACCAAAGACAAAUACAAUACUUUAAAGAGCAUAAUCCUGGACCGAGUAUCCGAGUCAAGGUCAAGGCAAGUGGAUAAACUAUUAACAAACAUGGUCCUAGGGGACAAAAAGCCAGGGCAGCUGCUCCGGGAAAUGAUUGAUCUGGCUCGAAAUGAAAUCAGUGAGGACAUCAUCCACAAACUUUGGUUGGACAGACUUCCACAGCACAUCCGGACUCUACUGCUUGUAUCAAAUAAUAUUGGACUACAAGCCAUUGGUGAGAUGGCAGACAGGCUGAUUGACACUUGUGGACUGCCACCAUCAGUGAUAGCCACAGCAAACAGAGCACCAGAACAAAGGAGUGACCGCACCCAGGACAUCCUGAUUGCCAUGAUGCAGAAACUCAAUGCUUUGAUGACAGAGGUGGAGAAUCUGAAACAUACCAAAAAACAUAAAGAGAGAAGCAGGACCAGAAGUCACGCCAGACACAGGAGAGGUAGAUCAAAGACGCCGUCCAAAUCGCAGGUAUGGUUCUAUCACAGCAGGUUUGGGGAGAAGGCAACUAGAUGCAUUGAACCAUGUUUGGUUAAGACUCCUAAACCCAGAAAAUUAACGUCACCAUCAACACCAGGAGCAAGUAAUGGUGGUGAUAUUAAUUCUGUCUGUCCAGAGUUCCAACUAAGUGUGGCAGACAGAAAAACACGGAUACAUUUCCUCAUAGACUCUGUCUCUGUUCUCUCAAUACUUCCAGCUAGCAAGUUUGCAACCGGUCGUGCCAAGGAAGAGCUUUUUCUUUAUGCAGCCAAUUCCAGUCGAAUAUCCACCUAUGGAAAGCGGACUCUUGAGCUGGACCUUUCACUGCGCAGACCCUUUACUUGGCAGUUCACUAUAGUAGACGUGACAACAGCCAUAAUCGGUGCAGACUUGCUAAGCCACUACAAUUUGCUCAUAGAUCUGAAAGGCAAGAGAUUGAUUGAUUCGACGACAGGCUUAGCCUCUGACGGCAAAGGGCUAAAGACGCAGAACAUCAACAUUUCUACCAUUAAUCCACAGAAACCUUUCAGAAGCCUACUAAAUAAAUACUUAACCAUUACUACAACACUACAGAGAUCAACAAUAAAACCAUAUCCUUUUCCCCACAGGAUUCCCACAAUAGUCUUUGGCUCAUCAUAG